AUGUCUCUGUCAAGUCGACAAACAGCUAUUAUUAACCCUCCUCCACCAGAGUACCUAAACGCUAGGAAAAAUGGGCGGCAGACGAACCAGCUGCAGUUCCUGCACAAGGUGGUGCUGAAGGCGCUGUGGAGGCACAGCUUCUCCUGGCCUUUCCAGCAGCCUGUGGACGCCGUGAAACUGAAGCUGCCUGACUAUUACACCAUCAUAAAAACCCCAAUGGAUUUAAACACAAUAAAGAAGCGGUUGGAAAAUAAAUAUUAUAUGAAGGCUUCCGAAUGCAUUGAAGACUUCAAUACAAUGUUCUCAAACUGUUAUUUAUACAACAAGCCUGGAGAUGACAUUGUUCUUAUGGCCCAAGCUCUAGAGAAGUUAUUUAUACAGAAAUUAGCUCAGAUGCCACAAGAAGAGCAAGCGAUGGGUGGUAAGGAAAGAAUGAAAAAAGAUACUCAACAGAAGAUACCAGUUUCCUCUGCUGAGGAAAAACCUUUCUCCAAAGCAGUGGGAAGCCUACUUAAGCGGCAAGAGCUUCCGGCUGGCUGUCCUGAUGCAUCCCCCUUAAACACGCCUCAAGCAGGGGCCCCCACCUCUGACUCACAGACUGUGAUCCAGAUCACAAAGGGUGUGAAGAGGCGAGCAGACACAACAACUCCCACCACUUCCGCGGUCAAAGCCAGUAGCCAGCCUCCUCCAGCACUUAGAGACACAAAGCCAGCGACCAUGCCAGUGAAAGGAAACACACUGACGAAUGUUCUCCCAGACUCUCAGCAACAACACAGGACUUUACAACCAGUCGAAGUAACUGAGCAACUACAGUACUGCAGUGAGAUUCUUAAAGAAAUGCUUGCCAUGAAACAUUUGCCAUAUGCAUGGCCCUUCUAUCACCCUGUGGACACCGACGCUUUGGGACUCCGCAACUACUAUGACAUUGUCAAAAAUCCCAUGGAUCUUGGAACUAUCAAGGGGAAAAUGGACAACCAGGAAUAUAAGGAUGCGUAUGAGUUCGCUGCGGACGUCAGGCUGAUGUUUAUGAACUGCUACAAGCACAACUCUCCAGACCAUGAGGUGGUGGCCAUGGCUAGGGCGCUGCAGGAUGUUUUUGAAGUGCAUUUUGCCAAGCUCCCUGACGAGCCCUUUGAGAGCCUGUCUGCUUACCGCUUCACCACCACCAGUGCGGGAGCCCUCAGCAGAGAGGGCAGCAGCGAGGCCUCCUCCGGAGACUGCUCAUCUGAAGACCCUGAGGACGAGAGAGCGCAGCGUCUUGCCAAGCUUCAGGAGCAGCUUAAUGCUGUUCAUCAGCAGCUGCAAGUUCUGUCCCAGGUUCCAUUUCGUAAGCUAAGGAAAAAGAAUGAAAAAUGUAAAAGGGUACCAAAGAGGAAAAAGGUUAACAGCAGAGAGGAAAGCACAAAGAAAAAGCCUAAGCAAAUGAAACAAAAGGAGACGCCUAAGAGCAACCAAACAAAGAAGAAGAAGCCACUUUUGAAAUCUGAAGAGGAAGACAACGCGAAGCCCAUGAACUACGACGAGAAAAGGCAGCUGAGUCUGGACAUAAACAAACUCCCUGGAGACAAGCUUGGGCGCAUAGUUCACAUCAUACAGUCAAGGGAGCCUUCCCUGAGAAACUCCAACCCGGACGAGAUCGAGAUCGACUUUGAGACUCUGAAGGCAUCAACACUUAGAGAACUGGAGAAGUAUGUCCUGGCUUGUCUGAAGAAGCGCUCGCUGAAGCCCCAAGCCAAGAAGGCCUUCAAGUCUAAGGAAGAGCUCCAUUCUCAAAAGAAGCUGGAGCUGGAGAGGCGGCUGCUGGAUGUGAACAAUCAGCUGAAUUACAGGAAACGGCAAGCGAAGCGUCCAGCAAAGGCGGAGAAGCCGCCGCCCCGGCCGCCCCGGCCGCCCCGGCUGCCCCGGCCGCCCCCGCCGCCGCCGCCGCCGCCGCCGCCGCAGCCCUCGGAGCUGGCGAGCGGGUCCCGCCUGAGCGACAGCAGCAGCUGCAGCAGGAGCAGCGGCAGCAGCAGCUCGGGGUCCGCCAGCAGCAGCAGCGGCUCCAGCUCCUCCGACAGCAGCGACUCGGAUGCAGAAAUAUCUCCUAAAUUUACUGGCAUAAAGCAGAAUGAUUUGCCACCAAAAGGGAGUAUAAAGCAGAUACAGUCCUCUGUGGAAGGCAGAGCCUCUGCUGAGCCUCCUCUUGCUCAGCAGGCUCCGGCACCAUGUGGAGCACCAGGAAAGCACUCCCAAGAGAUGAAUGGCUGCCAUGUGUCAGCGCAGGCCAUGGAGAACAUGGAAUGUGUGCACACGCAGGCUCUUUCAGGUGAUUCCAAACAAUUCUUGAGUGGCCUCACUAUGGAGCACACCUCAGCUGAGAAUCACACAGCAGUGGGGCCUGAUUGUCACACUCCUGUGCAGAAGGAUAUAAAGAUCAAGAAUGCAGACUCUUGGAAAAGCUUAGGCAAGCCUGUGAAAGCAUCAAGUGUACUGAAAUCGUCGGAUGAGCUGUUCAACCAGUUUAGAAAAGCUGCGAUGGAGAAGGAAGUAAAAGCUCGGACGCAGGGGCAGAUGCGGCAACACAUGGAGCAUCAGCCAAAGGAGCCGAGAGCGUUGCAGGAAAGCCCAAGGGAGCUUGGAAAUGGAUUGGCUCUAGAAUCUCCAUCAGAUAAAAUGCACAGCGAGCAUCCAGGAGAGGAACAGAAGGAACAGCAGCCACCAGAAGCUCAGGACCAAAGCAAACUCUGGCUUCUCAAAGACCGGAAUUUAGCGAGGGAGAAAGAGCAGGAGCGGAGACGCAGAGAGGCAAUGGCGGGUACCAUUGAUAUGACUCUUCAAAGCGACAUUAUGACAAUGUUUGAAAAUAACUUUGAUUAAAACUCAGUUUUUAAAUUAGCUAUCAAUUUUAAAUGAAUGGUAAAAAUGUUUACAACGCAUGUGGUAAGGUGAUUAUUUUCAAAUACCAAGCUAUCAAUCAUAUAUUGUGUUUUUACUGCCCUAAGAUAAUUAAAUAUUUUUCAUUUACAUUUUCAAAAAACAUGUUCACUUUUAAUGACAUAGUUUAUAAAAUGUUUUAUAAUGUUGACCUCUAAAAGUGAAUGGGUUUUAUUCCUUCUAAAGAGGACAGUCAGCUACGCAUUACAGCCCUGACAUAAGCAAGUUUAAAAAGGAUCAUCUGAUUGGGAAAAACAGAAGAAUAUAUGAAAGUACAUAAAAACAGCUUCUGUUGAGCUUUUAACUUUCGUUUGUUUAUCUGAGCCAAAUAUUGUUUGUUUCUUGGCUGUGUUGAACUCAACAGUAUAUCCAAGGAUGACCUUAAACUCCUCUUCCCUGCCCUCACCUCUCAAGUGACCUCUCAAGUGCUGGGAAUAGCUGAGUGUGCCGGCAUGCCUGGC